GUGCUGGCUGACGCGGACAAGACAGUGUGAAUCUGAAAACGUCGGACGCGCAGUAUCGAUAUACGUCGAGUGAAUGGAAUUGGAUACCGUAAAUGCGUACAGUACCGUCGGGAUGGAGCAGGGAUUGUCUGGGGAUCCAUGGGACUGUCUGUUUAGCGACAGCAUCUCUGACGCCUUCCAAGGUCGUCCAGAGAUGUUACAUAUGGGUAUUCGGCGUUGUGAUAAUACAAGUCAAAUCGGUUGGUUUGGUCCAGGACUUGGCUUCGAUUUUGACGAUGUUUUGACGGAAACCGACGAAGAUCCGCUCGCCUUCAACGAGAAAAGUCGCAGUUCAAACAGCAACCUGGAAGAAUUGAAUUUAGACAGUGACAACGAACUGGCUUUGACGUUGGAUCCGAAUUUGAUACUGCCAUGUAACAUGCCUAUCCGCAGCCCCGCGACAAAUAGCGACGCAGCGAUGCUGGAGACAGCGAGUGUGGAAGAGAACGCUGUUGAAAACGAGGUAGAUGAGACGGAUAACGAAAGUGAGGUCGAGCGAACCGAAAACGAUGAAGAGAAUGAAAGCGAAGAAGAAGAAGAGAUCGAAGUUGAGUAUAAUGAGCACAAUGAGACAGAGUACGAGACAGAAGAAGAAGAAACGGAAGAGGAAGAGGUAGAAGAAGACGAGGAAACAGAAGAUGAGGAGCAGGACAUGACUCAAAAGUCGCUCACAUCCUUGAGCGUGGAGACACCGAUAUCGUCGUCGUCGAGCAACGUUGGCAUCAGGACGUUAACUGGUGCUAAUAUCCUAGCCACCUCCUCGCCCACGAUACAAUUGACGAGGUUGCAUCCUAAAUUAAGCACCAUAUCAAGCACAACCAAGGACAUCAAGAUGCUGCAAACUAAUUCAGGUGCCCAGACGUUGCAACAGAUUCGCAAACACAUGUCCUACAACAAUAAUGUGCACGAUGUCAGUACGGGUGCGACAACGACGGUGAUGAUACAGGCGGCAAAGCGUGAAAAGGAGUUAACGUCGGGGAACCGUGACAACUCUUAUCCGAAACCUGCGUACUCGUACUCGUGUCUCAUCGCGAUGGCAUUGAAGAACAGCCGAACAGGAUCGCUGCCAGUCUCCGAAAUCUACAAUUUUAUGUGCCGGCACUUUCCCUACUUCACGACUGCGCCAACUGGUUGGAAGAACUCCGUGAGGCACAAUCUGUCGCUGAAUAAGUGUUUCGAGAAAAUCGAGAAGCCACCCGGUAAUGGUAGUCAACGAAAGGGUUGCCUCUGGGCCAUCCAUCCAUCGAAAGUAGCCAAGAUGGACGAAGAGGUGCGGAAAUGGUCGAGAAAGGACCCGGCUGCGAUCAAGCGAGCCAUGGUGAAUCCGGAACAGCUGGAGCUCCUCGAACGGGGUGAGAUGAAGUACGAGGGAAACAGACACGACGAGGCGUACGAUGAUGCAGAGAGCUACGCGGAUUCUGAGACUGGUGGAUCCGUGGUAGACGAGCCCAUCAACGACGACGAAAAUGUUACGUAUGAUGAAACCAAGCAGAUCGACAUAGUUGAUGACGAUAUUGUUGUGGAGCAGCUCUACGAGAAUCUUGAUCUCGUGAAUGCCACCGAAUUACUCGACACAAGACUAAACGACUUUUCUAGACAAGAGCAGCCAUUGGUGUACGAGUUUGUCUCGUGCUCGAAGCGCCAGAAAAUGCUGACGGGCAACGAUUUUAUUUGUCAACCUGUCCAACGACAGGACGCGGCGUCGCCCCGGAAAAAAGCGCACCUCGUGGCAUUACGGCCCGGAGGCAUCGCUACUCCGAGUGCCGAAUCGCUUCUCGAAGCGGAUUAAAUACUACUAGGACAUUUAUAUGAUCUCCUAUUUAAAUACAUACACGCGGCCAAGUACACACCCCCUUUUUUAUUGCCAGACCAUUGUAAAUAAUUGCGUCCUGUAACUUUUUUUACAGCCUGAGAUUUUGUAAAUACUUGUGUUUUAUACGACGAUGUACCUUUUUUAUACA